ACAUUAUUGAGGGUGUUGACCCCUUGUAGCUCGUGCUCGAGUAGGAUAUUUGCAGCUCAGUAGCUUGUGCUCGAGCCAUGCAUUGUGCUUUUGAACUUAGCUUGGCAGCUCACAGCUCAUGCUCCAGCAUUUCACAACUCAUGCUUCAGCAUUUCACACCUUGUGCUUCAGCAUUUCGUAGCUUGGACUUCUACAAUUCGCAUCUCGGACUUCUACUAUUCGUAGAUUGGACUCCUGCAAUUCACAGCUCGAGCUUGAGCAAGAUGCUAUUGCAUCUCAAACUUCUACUAUUUGCAGAUCAAACUCCUGCAAUUUGCAACUCGUGCUUGAGCAAGAUGCUUGCAGCUCAUCAUCAUCAAGCUUGAGUAAUGGAGCCCAACCAUAGCUGCGUAGUCUUCUUCUAUCAUCGGAACCAUAGGCUUUGGUUCCUUAGCAGCUAAUUGGAGGGAUUUUCAUAUUGAUAAGCUAUCUUGUUAGGGACUUUUCUCUUGGAUUGUGCAAGAACAAAUUCAAAAGAGAGGAAGAUUCCAACUUGCUUUAUAGUAAAGAGAAUAAAACAACAUCAAAAACAAAGUAAAAUAAUAAAAGAUUAGGAUUUAUCUCCCCAAUAAUCACAGAGCAAGAGCCAAGUUCGAAUGGUUUACUGCCCAGGGAGGAUGCUUGUGGUUGGAACCCGUGUCAUCCUAGUGGUUUCAUAGUGUUGAUAAUUUGUUGCAAGUAAAUGCUGCCACCAUAUUUUGUUGAUUGCCGACGUCUUCCUCAACAAGCUUUUUUUACAAAUUUGCUUGGUGCAUGUUGUCGAGUUGGGAGAGUGCUUUGCCAUUGCCUAGCUAAGAGACUACUUUGCUGCUACUGAGCUAGGAGACUGCUUUGUCAUUGCCGAGCUGGCAGGCUAGUUUAUCACUGCCAAGCUAAGAGGCUGCUUUGCUGCUCCCGAUCUAGGAGAUUGCUUUGUUGUUGUUGAGUUGGGAGAUUGGUUUGCUGUUGUUCAUCCGGGAGGCUACUUUGCUGCUGUUGACCUAGGAGACUGCUUUGUCAUUGUCGAGCUGGGAGACUGCUUUGUUGCCGUUAUCAAGCUCGAGCUCAUCUUGUCUCAUUGAGGGCACCUCAUUUGUGAGCUUAUUUUUCUAGGAACUUUCUUAGUCUUGUGCUCACCCUUGUUUGACCCCUCUGAGUUGCCUUGAGCUUGUGUUUUGCUAACACUUUUUUGCUUCUUGAAUACUCAUUGCUGACAUUGUACCAUGCCUUGAUAGUUGUGCAAAGCUACAUCAUUGUUUGUCUUUUUGUGAAAGCUUCUCUUUUUCAUAGGCGAAUAAACCCAUUUUAUAAAU